AAGAUUCGCUCCUAAACGCUCAAUUUCACCAAUUGGGAUUUUCUGUCUCAUUCGUAAUCUAACUGUUCGCAGCAAACGACGGUUUGUGUUCAAUUCGAGUCGGUGUUAACACAUCAAAUAUUUAUUAGCUACUAUGGGCGUGCCAGCUGGUGAUGUUGAGAAGGGCAAGAAGCUGUUCGUGCAGCGUUGCGCACAGUGCCACACCGUUGAGGCCGGUGGCAAGCACAAGGUUGGCCCCAAUCUGCACGGUCUGAUCGGUCGCAAGACUGGCCAGGCGGCCGGCUUUGCCUACACAGAUGCCAACAAGGCCAAGGGCAUCACCUGGACUGAGGACACACUGUUCGAGUACCUGGAGAACCCCAAGAAAUAUAUCCCCGGCACCAAGAUGAUCUUCGCCGGCCUCAAAAAGCCCAACGAGCGUGGUGAUCUGAUUGCCUACCUCAAGUCGGCUACCAAGUAAACGGAACGGAAACACCGACCGACAUCCCAUACACCCCCCCAACAAAAACAACAACAACAAAAACAAAAAAAGAACAACUAGCACCACCUUAGCAACAGACAGGAAACUCUGCAUUACGGGCGAUAUCAUGCGGGCGGGCGUGGCAGUAGCCCCUUCGAACUAAUCUUGACGAUGGCACGUAUUCAGGUCACAAUCACAACAACCAACUAUAAUAUAUAAAACCAAUAAACAUAAAACUACAAAUUAUGUUAAUUUUAAAGUUUAAAUAGGACAAUUAAAUUAUUUAAUUUAAAAUGAGUGGAUAUAAUUAAUUUAAAGUCGAAUAAAUUGUGACGGCCACGAUAUAAACAACAAAAUUAAAUAAUACAAACAAAACAACCAAAA